GGUGCAGGCAGCAAGGAGAUAUAGACCUCAUUAACCUCUGUGUCCAAAUGUCGGCCACCCCGAGGUGCCUCCAGGUUAAGGAUGCCAUCGUGGGAGAGAGCAGCUCGGACCCUCCAGGGGUCGACAUCAGCAGGCAGGACAUAGGUGCGGCAGAAUUCCCGGGACACAAAUCCAUGGCGGUCUAAGCGCUGGGGGUGCCGGGCAGACACCUCGAGCAGGUUGUCCACAGUCCUCACGGUCACCUCAUCUGGGCUCAGUGAGUACUGGGUAUGUGUCACACUGCCAAAUCCCCGAUCACAAGUCUCCAUGAACCAGCGGAGAGCUGGGAUAAUAAAACCCCUGACAUCACCAUUCCAGAAGCUUCACAAGACUGCAUAUAUAAGGAGCUGGCUGUAGCUGCGACUGAAGGAGCUGACCAGCCAGCUGAACCCCUACACUCACCUAGCCACCAUGGACAUCGCCAUCCACCACCCCUGGAUCCGCCGCCCCUUCUUUCCUUUCCACUCGCCCAGCCGCCUCUUCGACCAGUUCUUCGGAGAGCACCUAUUGGAGACUGACCUCUUCCCAACUUCCACUUCCCUGAGCCCUUUCUAUCUUCGGCCACCUUCAUUCCUGCGGGCACCUAGCUGGAUUGACACUGGACUCUCAGAGAUGCGCCUGGAGAAGGACAGGUUCUCUGUCAAUCUGGAUGUGAAGCACUUCUCCCCGGAGGAGCUCAAGGUCAAGGUGUUGGGAGAUGUGAUUGAGGUGCAUGGCAAACACGAAGAACGCCAGGAUGAACAUGGUUUCAUCUCCAGGGAGUUCCACAGGAAAUACCGGAUCCCAGCUGACGUGGACCCUCUCACUAUUACUUCAUCCCUGUCAUCUGAUGGGGUCCUUACUGUGAACGGACCAAGGAAGCAAGCCCCUGGCCCUGAACGCACCAUUCCUAUCACCCGUGAGGAGAAACCGGCUGUCGCCGCGGCCCCCAAGAAGUAGAUGGCUUUUCUCUAACUGCAUUUUUAAAAACGAGACAAGUUCCCCACCAGUGAAUGGAAAUCUUGUGACUAGCGCUGAAGCUUAUUAAUGCUAAGGGCAGGCCCAAAUUAUAAAGCUAAUAAAAUAAUGUUCAGCAACA